GGUAGAUGCGAUAUGGCCCCGUUUGGAAACAUGGAUAACGCGACCCUUAUCGGGAUAGUUCCAUCUCUACGCCGAUUUUGGUGCUCUGGGUUUCCGUUUAAGGAGUGUUUGGACGCGAGCUUACGGCCCAAGCCCAUUAAGAAUCCCGAAAAUUUCCCUCCUCUCUCUCUCCGGCGCAGCUCGGACGGUGAUCGAGAAAUGAGAGGACUGUCGCCGCCGAGAAUCAUAAGGUCGUUUUCACUGUUGAGGAGCACGAGACGGCGGGAUGAUCCACGCUCAAUCCUCUGCUCUUCUUUCUCUACAGGCGAUGAUAAUUACGAUAGUAGCAUCAGUAAUGGAAUGCAGAGCUCGAAGGUCAAGAUUUUUGAUCGUGAUCUCAAGCGCAAACAGCGCGACCGAGCUGCAUGGUUGAUGCGCCCAAAGGAUUCUCUUGUUGAUACGGUUGCUGAGAACUUAUUGGACCGUCUAGAGGAUUGCAAGAAGACAUUCCCUGAAGCAUUAUGUUUGGGGGGUUCAUUGGAGGCUAUCAGGCGAUUGUUACGUGGCCGUGGUUCGGUUGAAAAGCUGAUUAUGAUGGAUGCAUCACAUGACAUGAUAAAAUUAUGCAAAGAUGAUACAGGUGCACAUGAUCAGGACAUUGAAACAUCUUUUAUUGUUGGUGAUGAAGAGUUUCUACCCAUCAAAGAAAGUUCAGUAGAUCUAGUUAUAAGCUGCUUGGGUCUUCAUUGGACAAAUGAUCUUCCAGGUGCCGUGAUUCAGAGUAGAUUGGCACUGAAGCCAGAUGGGCUAUUUUUAGCAGCUAUUUUUGGUGGAGAAACCUUAAAGGAACUGAGAAUAGCAUGUACUCUUGCACAAAUGGAGCGUGAAGGAGGCAUCAGUCCACGAGUAUCGCCAUUGGCACAAGUGAGGGAUGCAGGCAACCUUUUGACAAGAGCUGGUUUUACAUUGCCUGGUGUCGAUGUCGAUGAGUACGUAGUUCGAUAUCCAAAUGCACUGGAUCUGGUGGAACACUUGCGUGCAAUGGGUGAAACAAAUGCCCUUUUACAAAGAAACCCUAUCCUGAAAAGGGAAACAGCCCUUGCAACAGCAGCCAUUUAUGAUUCCAUGUUUGCUGCAGAAGAUGGAACCAUUCCUGCAACAUUUCAGGUCAUUUACAUGACUGGAUGGAAGGAACAUUCUUCUCAACAGAAGGCCAAGAGAAGGGGAUCUGCCACCAUAUCCUUCACCGACAUCAAAAAACAAUUUGGAACUGACACUUAAAAUUCUUUAUUUUAUUUUUUUAAUAGUGGCAACUCUUUUGUUGUCUCUCAUGUUUUAAUCUCCCUUCCAAAUAAUUUGUAAUCCUAAAAAAUUUGGAAUCCUAAAAAGGACAGUGGUUUCAGCCAACCUGAACGCAUCUCAAUUUGUUAAGCUAUAUAUCUUCGACUAAAAAAUCAUCUGUUCCAAAGCUUAA